CACCGGCACCAUGGCGGCGGCGCGAGUCGGAUUGCGAGGACUGCUGGUGUCAGCAAGACCUUCAGCGUGUCCUGCCAAAGCCUGGGGGUGGCCGGGCCCCCGGGGCACUCGGCUCUUUGGGCAGAGCUGCCACCGGCCAGCAGGACAACGGGCCGGUCAGGAACCUGGCAGCCGGGGGCUCCCCGAGGGAGUGGAGUACAUCCCCACACGCAAGAAGGGCAAGAACCCGAUGAAGCCAGUGGGGGUGGCCUGGUACAGCCUGUACGCCCGCACACGCCUGGGCUACCUCUUCUACCAGCGGCAGGUGAAGAAGGCUCGGGAGCGGUAUCCACACGGCCACUCCGUGCCGCAGCCCUACUGCUUCCCUGGGGUGAAAAUCCUGCCCAUUCCUGUGCUCUCCAACAACUACAGCUACCUGGUCAUCGACACUGGCUCCAGCCAAGCGGCUGUCAUUGACCCCUCUGAUCCACUGGCUGUACAGGCUGCCAUUGAAGAAGAGGGGGUGAUGCUGCAGGCCAUAUUCUGCACACACAAACACUGGGACCACAGCGGAGGGAACGAAGCACUCUGCCAGAAGCACAAGUCCUGCAGGGUGUAUGGCAGCGCUCUCGAUGCCAUCCCACAGCUCACCAACCCACUUGCAGACAGGGAGAAGGUGAGUGUGGGCUGCCUGACCUUUGAGGCACUCGCCACACCUGGCCACACUGUGGGCCACAUGGUGUAUGUGCUGGAUGGGGCCCCCUUCGGCAGCCCCCCCUGCCUCUUCUCCGGGGACCUCCUCUUCCUUGCUGGCUGUGGCAGGCCGUUUGAGGGCUCCCCUGAGACCAUGCUCGCCUCACUGGACCUGGCCAUGGCCUUGGGCGAGGACACGCUGCUUUGGCCAGGUCACGAAUACGCACUGGAGUGCCUGACCUUCGCCAGCCUCCUGGAGCUGGACAAUUCUGCGCUGGAGCAGAAGCUGCAGUGGGCAGUGCAGCAGCGCCAGGAGAAGAGGAGCACGUGCCCCUCCACGCUGGGGGAAGAGCAGACCUACAACCCCUUCCUGCGGACCCACCGGCCGGAGCUGCAGGAGGCACUGGGACUGUGGCAGGGCAGGGGGGAGGACCCCGACGCCUUUCGUGCCCGUGUCCUCAAGGAGGUGCGGAGGCGCAAGGACCUCUACCAAGCCACCUAGAUCCUCCCCCACUCCCUGGAUCCCCUCUUUCCACAGGGUAGGGUGAUGGUUGGGCACAGGGGGCCCGACACUGUGUGGUUUGUUUUGCUGUGAAUCUCCCUCCUGGGGUGCAGGGUUGGGGGAGGGGGAAGAGUGGACACCCCCUUAAAUGGGCACUCCAUAAGGCAGCCCUGCCUUUGCUCCCUCGAACUUGAGGGCCACCAGCUGUCAUUAGAAGCACCUCAAUCCCCUUUCGGGGGGUCUGUAGCCCCCCACCUCACUGCUGGGGCUAUAGGAAUGGCACCAAGGGCUUUUCCUACAAUCCCCCCCAGCCCCCGUUUUUCUGGGAGUCUCCAAUUUCCCCUCCACCACCACCACUCAGCCCCCUCCCUUUAAGCCCCCAGUGUUGUGCAUCUCCUUUGUGGGGGCUGGGAUGGAGCCAGCAAGGGAUGGCGGGCUGGCAGUACUACCUCCAGGCACGGGGCUCCUCUCCCGCACCCCAUCCUUGAGCCGGAGCCCCCCCUGUACGUACACACACACACACACACUGGGACGGGGCCAUAGGGUCACACUACUGGGGUAUGGGGGGUGCUGCUUCACUGGGGUCGGAGCCACAAUCACCCCCACGCCCCAAAUAAAAGACUGGAUCGAUUUUA